CCCUCCCCCUUCCUGGAGCCCCGAGGGGCCGGAGCUCCAGACGGUGCCAGAUCCAGAUGGCGGCUUUUCCCCCGGGUCUGUAAGUUCGGAGGCGAACGGAGAGCCGGGCUGGGGUGCGGGGGUCUCUGGAAAUGGAGCCCCCGUUGGGGAUCUGGUUUGGCCGUGAUCUGCCCUGGGAUGCGAGUCGAGGUGCUGGUCUAGGCCCCGGGGGACUUAAGCCUUGGACCGGCCCAUGAUGCAUCCCACGCUCUUCCCCUUUACCGAAUCUGCAGUGGAGAGUCUCAGGAUGCCCCAGGGACCACCUCCUGGGACCCUCUUCCUAGGGCCCUGUGACUUGCCAGGACGCCAGACCUUGGCAUUUUGUAAAAAGUGCUGGACUUGAGGCCAGCAGAAAACUGAACCGCGGGAGUUAGCCAAGGCAAGGCCUUCAGUGCCGACUGCGAGACUGCUGUCCUUGUAGCCUCACUCAUGGAAGACCUGGUCUACUUAACAAAAUUCUUUUUAUGGUGAAACUAAUGCUGUAGGUUUCACUGCUGCACACUGAGCCCUUCCUGUGUGUUUGGUAUGGUGUGGGUGAUAGCAGUGUGCACCACUUUGAACAAAGGAGAGUUUGGUCAACAGUGGAAGAAGCAGGGUGACUGCAGUAAGAAUUUGAGGUGAAAGCAGACUGUUUCCAACUUCGGCCCCAUGACAUAAGAUGUAUAUGUUGCUUCCUAAUGCCAGGGAAUUUAUGUUUGAACAGGAAGGAAUUAUUUGAUAAAGCCUUUUGAGUGUUACAUAGAAGUACAGUCCUAAGGGCCCUAGAGACAACUCUUUUGCUCUAAGUGGUUGGAAAACUGCCUGCCAGGAAACAGCGCUAGACUGGCUAGAAUGCAGUGUUCUAGACUAGUGCAAUGUGUGUGACAAGCUUCGAGCAAGUAGAUGAUACAUUAUCUACCAAGCACUGAGGAAUAACAAACACCUGAACUCUGUCAUCGGGAGCUGACACUUUGAAAUAAUAAGAUUAUGAAUUUUAGGCUUUAGAAUUUAGAUGUGAUGCCUGGCACGGUGGUUCACACCUUUGAUCCCAGCACUCAGGAGGCAGAGGCAGGCGGAUCCCUGAGUUCUAGGCCAGCCUGAUCUACAAAGAGAGUUCCAAGACAGCUGGGGCUACACAGAGAAACCGUGUCUCAAAAACAAACAAAACAAAAACAGAAAACCAAAAUCUUGAUGUAUCCAAGAAAAUCUGGCUGUCUCAUUUGACUAUGAAGUAAAUCGCAGUUGAGAACACAGGAUUCAAGCUGGAUUUCCUAACCUGCUGAGAUUAUAGAACUGCUUUUGAAAGACAGAAGUGACAUUCUUACUGACCUGAUAGAAGGCUGGUUUCUAAAAAGAGAAUACUGGAGCCGGAUGGUUGUGGUACACACCUUUAAUCCCAGCACUCUGGAGGCAGAGGUUGGUGGAUCUCGGUGUGGUCAAGGCCAGCCUGGUCUACAGAGAAGGUUCCAGGACAGGCUCCAAAGCUGCACAGAGAAACCCUGUCUUGAAAAACCAAAUAAAUAAAUAAAUAAACAAACAAACAAAUAAAUAAAUAUUUUUAAAAAAAGAAAGGAAAGAAAAGAAUACUAGUUAUUUUUGUGAUUAGUUAGUAGACUGGAUUAUAGUAUUGAUAUGACUAAUUUGUCCUUCCCUUUUAGAAAUAUACAUGAGAAGCCAAGUUAUGAGAAAACCUGGAAAGAAUGCAAUCAGAACAUGAGGACUUUCUCAGGAAAGAUUUGUCUUAUAAACAGAACAAUAUGCAGAAUUAGUUUCAUUUGCUUAUUUUUAACAGUGUUGUGGAUUGAAUCUAGCUUCACAUAAUGACUAGGCAGAUUAUCUACUACUGAGAUAUAGAUACUCUGGAUAUUCUGAACCCUAUGCAGGGAGUUUUGUCAAAGAAACCUUCUCUGUGAUUGACUGUGUUACAUCAUUAUUUACCUUUAUUAGUUUUAGUUAAUUGACUUAUAACCAAAAGGCUAACCUUUAUCCAAGAGACAUUGAGUAGAAAUUUAGAUGGGUUAGAUAUAACCUAUUGUUUUUGAAAUGUGGUGUAUAUGUUAAGUUUCAGAGAAGAGGAGUUGGAAUCCAAGGAAAGCAUUUAAGAGUCAAUUCUAGUAGUCCACAUGAGAAAUGAUGUACACAUAGAGGUAAGAAGGAAAGAACAAUCUAGUAAGUAUUGAAUCUGCAUCUGUUCUCAUUCAUACCGCCAUGAUUGGUUUAUCUGAUAGUGUUUUGUUCUCCUUACAAGAGAGUUUAGAUUUAUCUGUAGUGCACAUGAUAAAGAAUUGUGUCUUUGCCAGUGACUAAACACCGUCUCUUUAAGUCUGUGACUUUUAUCACAGGAAUAGCUAUAUGAAUAAAUUCAUACCAGUUUAAACAGAAAAGGAGGGUGGCAGUUCCCAGCAAACAGUGCCCCUGUAAACUCUAAAAUAGAAAGAGAGGGAUUAGGGAGCUAGCUUAGUGGUUAAGAGCACUGGCUGCUUUUCAAGAGGACUCCAGUUUGAUUCCCAACAUCCACAUGGCAGCUGACAACCAUCUGUAACUCCAGUUCCAAAGAACUGACACUCUUCUGGCCUCUGUGGGGAUCAGGCACAUGGCUAUGGAUACAGGCAAAACAAUAAUAAAAAUAGGAAACAAAAAAAGCAUUUUGUUUUUGAAAAAGCCGGUAUAUCUUUUGUGUAAAAGAAAAUAAUGUCUUCAUUGUUAGUUGGGUUAUGAUGUUUUCUUUUUAAUAGAUAGAAUUUUCAUUUGAGACAUGAAAAAUAAAUUUCUUGAACUAACUUGAGCUUUGUUGUUGUGUUAAGUGUCUUAAAAAAUUGAGUGAAUGCCCAGUUAUUUACAUUUCUAUGUGUCUACUUAUUGGGAACUGUUGGCACCUGAUACUGGUAAAGAAUAAUUAUCCAUGACCUUUGAAAGCUCUUAUUAUAGCUUUUUGGAUACAUACAAAACAACACAUUUGGUUUUGAAAGGUAAAUCCAGGUUUCUAAAUUGUUUAAAUUUUCUUAAAUUCCACCUUUUUUACAUUUCUGUUCUUUAGGUCUGCCAAAAUGUCUGAAAGAUCAGAUCUCCUUCACUUCAAGUUUGAAAAUUAUGGAGAUUCAAUGUUACAAAAAAUGAACAAAUUAAGAGAAGAGAAUAAAUUUUGUGAUGUUACGGUUCUCAUAGAUGAUGUUGAGGUGCAGGGGCAUAAAAUUGUUUUUGCUGCAGGUUCCCCCUUCUUAAGAGACCAGUUUUUACUGAAUGAUUCCCGAGAGGUAAAAAUCUCCAUAUUACAAAGUUCUGAAGUGGGGAGACAAUUGCUCUUAUCGUGCUAUAGUGGUGUGCUGGAAUUCCCUGAGAUGGAACUGGUAAAUUACUUGACUGCUGCGAGUUUUCUUCAGAUGAGCCACAUUGUAGAACGGUGCACACAGGCGCUGUGGAAGUUUAUAAAGCCAAAACAACCAAUGGAUAGUAAAGAGGGAUGUGAACCACAAAGUGCUUCUUCCCAGUCGAAAGAACAGCAGGGAGAUGCCAGAGGCUCUUCAAAACAGGACUUACCUUGUGUUCAUCCAUCUGAAGACAGUAUGGAUAUGGAGGACAGUGAUAUUCAGAUUGUUAAGGUAGAAUCUAUUGGGGAUGUAUCAGAGGUUAGAAGUAAGAAAGAUCAGAACCAGUACAUUUCCUCUGAACCCACUGCUUUACAUUCAUCAGAACCCCAGCACUCCCUAAUAAACUCAACUGUGGAAAACAGAGUAAGUGAACUAGACCAGAGCCAUCUCCACAAUUACGCCCUCUCUUACACAGGCAAUGAUGACAUCAUUAUGACCUCAAAAGAUGUUUUUGGGCCUAAUAUUCGAGGUGUAGACAAAGGCUUACAGUGGCAUCACCAAUGCCCAAAGUGUACCAGGGUGUUCCGUCACCUGGAGAACUACGCCAACCAUUUAAAAAUGCACAAACUCUUUAUGUGUCUACUCUGCGGCAAGACUUUCACUCAGAAAGGCAAUCUUCAUCGACACAUGCGUGUACAUGCCGGAAUUAAACCUUUCCAGUGUAAAAUCUGUGGGAAAACCUUUUCUCAGAAGUGUUCCUUGCAGGACCAUCUUAACCUUCACAGUGGAGAUAAGCCCCAUAAAUGUAACUAUUGUGACAUGGUUUUUGCACAUAAGCCAGUUUUGAGGAAACACCUUAAACAGCUGCAUGGCAAAAACAGCUUUGAUAAUGCCAAUGAGAGGAAUGUGCAAGACCUCACAGUGGAUUUUGAUUCUUUCGCAUGUACAACAGUCACAGACUCUAAAGGUUGUCAACCACAACCUGAUGCAACACAGGUCCUGGAUGCAGGUAAACUGACCCAAGCUGUCCUCAGCUUAAGGAGUGAGAGUACAUGUGUAAACUGAGGAGGGGCCUAGUACUCACAGCUAGAAUUGACUGAGAGUGUGACAAUAGUUCUAAGUCUUUUUAGACGUGGUUUGGAUAGUUUCUUCUCCAAAGCCUCCAAGCAGGUGGUCAUGGGUAAUUAGCAGCAGACCAGGCAACCCACUUGCAGUGGCUUUGCUUUUCUUUAGCCCUCUCCCGACUCUUUUUUGAGUUAUUUAUUUUAUGAUGUCUAUUUUCCUUUUUAAAAUAUAAUUCCAUUUGUCUACCUAGUGUCAAUGCCUGGCAUAGACUGACACUGUUCCAAUCUUUUUACUGAGCACAUCUGAAGGUACUAACAAAUAACAUUACCUACUUCCCACCAAUAGAUGCUGUACUUAGAAAAGUUCACACUUUUCGUUGAGGGAAAUGAGGCUGGGAUAUGAGGUGAUACUGCUGUUGAUCUAAAUAUGCGAUAGAGCCUCUGUCUACUGUGAUUCAUCUAAGACUGAUAAGUGAGUCUGCUUCCUACCAUUUGUACUUUUUUUUUUUGGAGCUGCUAUGAAGAAGUAUGUCAGUUUGUACUUUAUACACUAACACAGCCCACUGGGUUGUUCUCAUAACCCAGAAUACAAUUCUUUCAGCAACAUCUUCCCACUGUGGGGAAGAUAAUCAACAAAUAAUAGAAGUAUAAUAAAAGAACAGUGGGCACAUGGAAGGUUUCCUAAACAAGAGACCAGCUGCUUACUUAUGUACCUUGUUGAUGCUCUUGUAAUUGGAAGUGCUUUGGCAUAUUUAAAUGAGCUAAAGAAUAAUGAAUGGCCUCUAUAGAAAUAGACUAUAUUGGAGUCUGACCUGUAUAUCACAGUUUAUUUCAUAAGAAAGGUGAGUUUGGCCAUCCCUUUUGUGCUGUUUACAGUAUCUCCCUGUUUUCCUUUUCUUGUAUACCUUCAUCUUGAAAACAUGAAAAAAAAUUAAGUGGUAUACAGAAGACAACCAGAAGUUUUGCUUUUAGAUAGUCUUAGAGAUACACUGUCUACUUUGCCACCUUUCAUAGAUGGUCUUGAAGGAUGGAAAAAAAAACAAUUCUUUAUUCUAAGUACAUUUCAGACAUAAUUUUGAGCUUGUUUCUGACCCAUGGGUCACAAUGAGGUGUAGGAUUGCUAGAGAACGUAGAAACUCUUACAAGAUUGUUUAUACUAUCUCUGUCAUUUUAAGUAGGACCAUUCAGAGUCAGAUUUCCUGGCCACCACUGACCAAAAAAAAAAAAAAAAAACCAACAACAAAACCCACACCCAACUAAAUAUGAAUGAAUGAAUGUUUUCAUGCCUCUCUUCUGCUAUACCUUUUGGCUUUAAAAGAUGGUGAACAAUAGUGCAUUCACAGAAAUUUUCUAGUUUUGCUUCACUAAUGUAUAUCCAUUUUAGCUUUUGGAGACAGCUUAGGAUUUGCCAACAAAAUGUUACAGAAGAACUUUUUUAAACUGAUUUUAUUUUGGUGACUUGUGCAGUUGAAGCAGGAGGGUUGCUGUAAGUUAAAGGUCAGCCUGGACUAAGACCUAAAUAAAUGUAAUUAUUUUAUUGUAGUGGUGCUGGGAGUCAAACCCAGCAUCUCACAUGUGCUAGCCAAGCACUGAACCUGCCACUGAACUACAAUCCUGUUAUUUGUUUUUUAGAUAGAUGAAUAUUGUAUUAUUUCUAAAUGAGUAGCUGGUUUAGGUAUGAAGCGAAGGGCAAAUUAGAAUAAUGUGAGAUAGAUCCAAAUGUGAAACUAAAUUUAUAUAAGAAAUUUUAUUUCCACCAGACUUUUUUUUGGAGCUAUGAGAGUACAUGUACAGAUAAUUCAAAAGUUAAACUUAAUUUAUAUAUAGAUGGUAAGAGGUAUUAAUUUGUUAUAAUUUGAUAUAUUUACACAUGGCUCAGAUUUGAGGCAUAAUUUCUACUAAAUAAAUAGAAUACAGUUGACUAAUAAGACUUGUUGGUACUUUAUGUUCAACAUCACUCACUGUAUAGUCUAAUAGUGUUUUCUAGGAUUCUGAAUUUUAAUGAUUCAUCCAAAGAGCACCGAUUCUUUGCAACAAUGGGAUUCUGCUAUGUCAUCCAAUGUUUUGAAUAUUUUCUCUGAAUUUUUUUUUUCAUAGGAACAUUUCAAAAUAAGGGGGCUAUACAUGUUGUUUUUCUUGUCUGAUUGCUGUUGGUAGUCUGAAGACUAAAAACAGAAUGGGUUCAAAUAAUAUUGACCUCUUAUGUUGGAGGCUGUAUCUUGAUUCAUUUUAGUCACUCAGAAGCCUUUUUUUUCUUUUCUUUCUUUCUUUCUUUUCUUAAAUGCUUGGGAGUUUGAACCCAAGACCGCAAACACACUGACCAUGUUCUCUAUCACUGAGCUACUCCCAUAGCCUCAAGAAACAUUACUAAGCAACUGGUAUUUCCAAGGCACUGUGAUAGAUUCUGAGGAUAGGAAUUGAUAUAUCCUUGUUGUUAUAGGACUUACAGUGUCAAGUAAUUUUAGUGAGACAAGGUCCCCAAUUUAUUUCAUGACUAAGAAUGGCUGCCUCCCCCCCCCCCCCCCCCAGCAUUUAAAGUAGUGGUUCUCAAUCUGUGGGUCUCCAGCACAAUUUGGGGGUGGGGAGGUGUUGAAUGACCCUUUCACAGGGAUCACCCAAGACCAUUGGAAAACACAGAUAUUUAUAUUACAGGGAACUAUAUGGUUGAGAACCACUGAUGUAAUGUUAGUUUUCUUAAGUGUUUUCUGUUACUAAAAUUUUCACUUCUCACUGUUUGCAAGCCUUUCAUUUCUUGCCUGGAGAGUUCUCAUUUGUGCGAGACAUUUCAGUUUGGUGGGACUAGGGUUCUUACACAUUUCUCAGAUUUAAUUGCAAAGAGGUCAAGUUAUUUUAUGGUGGAAGAGGUUUAACACUAGUCAUGAUUAUAUGGGGUCAGGGUAUAAAUCUUAGUUACCCAGCAUUUGGGUUUUUUGUUUUGUUUUGUUUUUGGAGGCAGGAUCUCACUAUUGUACCCUUUGCUGCCUCAGCCUCCUAAGUGCUGGGCUCAAUAUUUGUGUUAUGUGGAUUCCUAGGAAAACUUCAAAAGGAAGAGGACUCUCUUUACUGCAGUUUGGUCUUUUAAAAUUUGAUGUUAUUUAUUUAUUAUUUAAUAUUAAAACGAGCUCCAAACUGAAGUGACUGUGAGGUAAAGCAUGUGUGGUUUUGCUUUGGAAGAUGUGUGAAAGGUGACUAUUGUCACCAUUUCUAAAAUACUGUAUCAACAAACAACUCAGAACAUUUGAUUUCAGCUUAUGAAUGGCUGUUCUAAAUCUGUUGUAUGUUAGACAUACUUUGAACUACCUCUUUACUUAAAAUGGGGAAGUUUCCUUAAUAAAAGUGUGACAAUUAAACUGUG